AUGACUGGAAAUUCUAUAGCAUAUAUCUCCAUUGGACCAGCUCGAUUUCUUAACCAGCCACGAGUCACCCUUGCUGCCAUAUCUCUACUGCUGGUGGCUCUCAUUAUUUACAAUCCUGACUUCUCAGUGUUGUCUAAGACUAUUGAAGCAGCGUAUCCAGAAUAUCACCUGCAGAGAUAUGGGACUCUAUUGUGGUUUACCAGACAUAAGGAACUACUUCGUGAUGUAUUUUCUGGUAGUGGUCUGCGCCAUCGGUGUUUUAUCCUACGCCGUUAUGAUUAUCACUGGACUCAAGAUAAGAAGAUAUGUACUGUCAGUCCACUCUACGAUGUCUCGGAAGAACGCGAAAAUAUUCAACAUGUUGAUAAAGGUUUGAUU